AUGCCAGACUCAGGGGGGGGUUUGAAGGAGGAAGCGGAGCAGCGGCAGAAGAGGAGGUGGAAGUACGAACUGGGGAGGACGCUCGGGGAGGGGAACUUCGGGAAGGUGAAGUACGCGCGGCACGUCGAUUCCGGCCGGGACUUUGCGGUGAAGAUCCUCGACAAGAAGCGUGUCCUCGAUCUCAAGAUCGACGACCAAGUGAGUGGUGUUUCCCCGGAGGAGAUGAUUGGAGCUCUUCGGAUUGUACCUGAAAUUUCUGUGUCAGAACAGGGAGAGAGCCUGUCUGACACGUUCCUCAGAUUUCUCCUUCUGAAAUUCUGAAGGAAAAUAAUCCUGAACUGGUGAGCCGGAUCUGAUCGAAGAUUUUCCUGCCGCAGAUAAGGAGGGAGGUUGGAACAUUGAAGCUGCUGAAGCAUCCGAACGUCGUCCGGCUCCAUGAGGUCCGUUCUACUCGCUCUCUCUCUCUGUCGCUCUCUCCAUCCUCUCUCUUGCCCUAUCGCGCGAUUUCCCAGCGCUCUCUUCUCUUCCUUCUCCUAGUUACUUCUUGCUGCAUCUCGUUUUCUCCACGGCCACGGGUCUGAAUCUCAAUUUCGGGCCCUCAGAUUCGCCCAUCUUCCGAUGGGCGUAAAACGGGCGGAUCAAGGAUUCCGAAUGACGGCCCAAGGUCAUGACAAAAGCUCCGAAGCAGGCUGAUCCUAUUCUUGUUUAUCUUUAGCGGCCAUAUUAUUGACAGUAGCUUUUGCCGCAGCGGUGGGAAAGGGAGUGAUUGUGGUCUGCGUGGGGGGUGAAAGGGGUUGGGUGGCUGCAGCCCAUUUUGGGGUGGGCGGUGGGGGCCAGAGGGUUCGCAAGAGAAGGCGCCGAUAAUAUUUAUGGUUGGUGAUGAGGAGGUUGCGAGACGCUGGGCGAUGGGUCUAACGGUGGAAAGGAGGAGGGGAGACAGCCGGAAGCGUUUGAGGCCCAUUGCCGUUGUGGUCGACAGCAGCCGUCCGUUUGAUAGAUUGGAUAUGACCUCUAAGACUUUCGAUUUGGAACUCUUCCCGGGGAAAAUCUAAUUUUGAUCUUAAUCAGGUGCCCAACUUUUGGGCGCCGGCCCAUUAAGGCACUUCUCGUCGCGGCGCGUGGGGUGCGGCCAACUCUCCGGUGCCCGAGAGUAACCCCACUAGACUGUCGGCAUCAUGUGGUCUCCACCCCCCUAUUAUUUCUGUGUAAUGAAAAAAAUCCCCGCGUUCUCUGUCUCAAACCUCACCCCCCCGCUCCUGUAGGACCGGGAGAAACGCCAGCAGAGAAGGUGCUGAAACAGGACAAAGUGGGUGUCUGUGGUUGUAGUAGUAUCCUGCUGUCCAAGCCAAUUUGUGUCUCCUUCUCCCGGGACCCAACUUUCGCCUGGGGUUGUUGUUCCCAUUAUGAAUCGUCGAUUCCGGUAGAGAUCAAAAUGCAUUAAAUCCCGAUGACCACCUUCCCGACUGCAUCCUUGAUUUCUUAUCUUGACCACCUCCUAGAUUUUUCUCGUUUUUUUUUCAGCAUCAAGCGUAUGGAAUCAGACAGAGAGACGGGUUUAGGUUUCCGAACUUGGACAUAAAUUAACAGAAUAUACCCCCAGAGUUCAGACAUCACUACGUCUCAAAUAUUAACUCUUUUAUUUUCUUCGUUGUGCAGGUCUCGGCUAGCAAGACUAAGAUAUACAUUGUCCUCGAAUAUGUAAAUGGGGGCGAAUUAUUUGAAAAAAUCGUGAGUGAUAUCUUUUUAUGAAACUCGAUGCAGUCUCAUGUUUUUCUCCUGUUUUGGAAGCGUGGCAUCACGAUUUCAAUCUAUUAUGUGGACAACUUUUGUUUAAUUCCUAACUUUUCAUAGUCUCAGGUUUUAGAAUAACGAGUUCACAUUAUUUUGGGAUAAUUCAGUCGUCAGGUGGAAGACUCCCAGAACAAGAAGGCAGAAAGAUCUUCCAGCAGAUAAUUGAUGCUGUGAGUUAUUGCCAUGACAAAGGUGUCUACCACAGGGAUUUGAAAGUAAGUUCCUUCUUCUACCACCAAAAUCACGAUUGCCUAUAUGUUAAAAAAGCCGAGUUUUAGCAGCUAAUGGCUAAGUCCCUAAAGCUAUGACUAAAUGAAGGAUAAAACUCUUGGAUUUGGUUAAUCUGGCAGUUGACUGGAAUACUUCUAGAAUUUGAGCGUUAAAAUAGCUACAAUAAUCUUGUUAAAAAAAUAAUGAAAUCGACUGUUAAAAAAAGAACAUCAUAGCUAUGGAAAAUAAGGUUUGAUUUAUCUGUCUGACAUGAGUUUCAUUUAUUGCUAGGCCAUUUUCUAAAACUAUUGAUAUCUCAUCUUUCCUACUACUUUUCAUGUUUGAAAAUUUUGCCUUACAGAUUGUCAGAUGCCAUGCAACUCCUCUCCAUCUGAAUGCUCAAUUUAAAAUUUAGUGUCUCCUAUUGAAGAUCUAGUGAACUGUUUACUUGUAUUUAAACAAUGUGACGGUAACAUUCAAUAUUUCGUAGUGGAUUUUCAUCAUGGUUCUUUUCAAAGUGCUCACUUUCGGUUUUCUAUUAUACAGCCUGAAAACGUCCUUCUUGAUGCCAAAGGAAACAUUAAGAUCUCUGAUUUUGGCCUCAGUGCCUUACCACAGCAUCUAGGGGUACGUUCGUAAGAUCUAUCUCAAUUAGUCGUUGGGCAUGAUUUUCACCUUUAUAAAAUUUCCCCUUUGAUCAAUCUCUAAUGUUCAAAAUUUCAGAGAGAUGGUUUAUUGCAUACAACUUGCGGAAGUCCAAACUAUGUUGCCCCAGAAGUAAGAAGUCCAUGCGAUAGGAGAUGAUCUAUUGAACUCCAGUCGUUUUCUUUUCACCUCACUUUGCUAUAUUCUCCUAUGGAAACUUUUGUAGAUCCUUGCAAACAGAGGCUAUGAUGGUGCUGCAUCAGAUAUCUGGUCCUGUGGUGUUAUCUUGUAUGUUAUUCUCACGGGUUACCUACCAUUUGACGACAGAAAUCUUGCAGUUCUCUAUCAGAAGGUAUAAAAUUGUGUUCAAAUCAUAGUUUUCGUCUGAAAACUUCUUAAAGUGAAACCAAUAAUCUGGUUGUUGUCUAGUAGAAAAUCGAAUCUUUCAUUUGGAAGCUAUCUACAUCACGAUGAUUCAUUGUAACUUGUCACCAUCACAUAAUUUCGAGUUUUUCUUCCCUCCAAUCAGUAACUUUCAUAUCCAUAUGUAUUUUCAAUAUUAUGUAGGAAAUAAACUACCCCUCUAUAUCCUUAAUCUCGUUAUUUAAAGAUAAAACUUCUCAUGGCCUUAUUGGCUUGACCAUGAAUUGAAAAUUAGUGGAGGAUUGACUAGCGCUCUUUUUUCUACUCGUUUUUCAGAUCUUCAAGGGGGAAACCCAGAUUCCAAAGUGGCUUUCUCCUGGCGCGAGAAGGAUGAUUGCGAGGAUUCUUGAUCCCAAUCCAAAAACAAGAAUAACAGUUGAAGGAAUAAAGGCAGAUGACUGGUUUAAGGAAGAUUACACACCUGCCGUAGACAAUGAUGCAGAUGAUGAUGAUCUUCAAUUCGAUCAUGAAGAAUUCUCGAUCAAAGAGGUAGGAAUACAGGACUCAACGAAUUUAUUGUCUCUUCUUAUUCUACAGUCUUAUUCAGUAUAUCAUCAUUUUUUUUAAUUUUAUUGCGUGAAAAGGCAUCUGAAAUCAGAAAUCACGAGAACGUUCCCUCCUUCAUCAAUGCUUUCGAGCUGAUUGGAAUGUCGUCAUGCCUUGAUCUUUCUGGUUUCUUUGAGAGUGAGGUUAGAUUUUCUUUCCAUUCUGCUUAAUCGCGAAACCUGUAAACCUCCUCCAUAAACUGGAAUUAUUGAUUUUUCCUUUUUCUGUCUGUGUUCGUUAUGCUCUGAGCAUUUUUCUUUUUUUUUUUCUGAACUCGUCUCUGAUCGAAACUCCUGGUCACUUCAGGGCAUUUCUGAGAGGAAAAUCAGAUUCACCUCGAGCUAUUCUCCAAAAGAUUUAUUUGAGAAUAUUCAGAAGAUUGUAACGGAUAUGGGAUUCCAAGUUCAGAAGAAGCACAACAAGGUAUUCUUUCCGAACAUGAUGGUGAUCCUUGACUAAUUCUAUCAUCCGUUCCAUUAAUAAAAAUAAACUUGAAUGCAAAAUUCAACCCUGGUGUGUAAGAAACCAUACCCAUAACGUCCAGCUCCCAUCUUUUCUGUGCAAUUCAGCUGAAGAUCUGGCUUCCAUCCCAGGGUGCAACCAGCCCUCGUUGCUUCUCGGCAGAUGCGGAGGUAUGCGUUGACCCGUUCAGUAGACUUCAGCUUCCUUAAUAUGCUGCAUUCUAAAGUUCCUCUUGCAGAUUAUCGAGGUCAGUCCAUCCUUAUAUGUCGUCGAGUUGAGAAAAUCCAGUGGCGAUCCCUUUCAGUACCAACAGGUGGAUGCUUCUCAUGAUCCUCUGGGAACAUUCUUUUACGCGCACUGACCUUGGCGCAACAUUCGGCGAUCCUCAAGGGUCCCUUCUGAUGAUGCCCUUGCUGUCUUGCGGCUGCAGCUGUGUAGAAGGUUAUCAAACGCUUUGGGGGAUCACCAGAGCCGGCAGCUCCUGAUGGCGGCGGCAGAGGCAUCAGCAGCACCGGCUCAGAGUUUGGAUCUCAUCCCGUUAAAGGUGGAAAUACCCGGCGCUGCUUUCUCACAUGUUUGA